AUGUUAUUACGUUUUAGAUCAAAGCAUGGUACUACAAGAAUUCAAACUGCUCCUCAAGAUAGCUUAUCAAGUGUCUUGGAAAAAUUCGCCGCUCAAAUGGCCCAGAAUUCAGUGGCACUAGAUUCAAACUCGUUAGUAAUGGGUAGAAGCCCUCAAGAAAAAGUAUCCUUAGACGCUAAUCAUGCAUCUCAACGAAUUGAACAAUUAGGAUUAAGUCAUGGUGAUAUGAUUUAUGUUGAUUGGGAAGAAAAAACUAAUCAAUCGGACAUGAAUUCUUCAGGCUCAGUGGCAAUAAAUGGUCAAGAAUUUAAUAAUAGUUCAAUAAAAACUGGAUUACAGUCUCCUCAAUCAUCUUUAGACAAUAAAUUAGACAAGGAAGAUGGACUAAUCCCUCGUACAAGAUCUAAUCUUUGUAAACAUGGUGACAAAGGUAUGUGCGAGUAUUGUUCCCCUUUACCACCUUGGGAUAGGGAAUAUCAUGAAAAAAAUAAUAUUAAACAUAUUUCUUUCCAUUCCUAUCUGAAACAAUUAGAAAAAUCUACAAAUAAGAAACAAGGCUCUUCUUAUAUAGCGCCUUUAACACAACCUAAUUUUAAAAUUGAUAAGCAUUGUACUAAUGGGCAUGAACCAUGGCCAAAAGGGAUUUGUUCUAAAUGCCAACCUUCGGCAAUUACUUUACAGCAACAAGAUUUCAGAUUGGUAGAUCAUGUGGAAUUCCAAUCGAGUCAGUUAGUUAAUGAUUUUAUAGAGGCUUGGAGAUCUACAGGGAUGCAAAGAUUCGGCUAUAUGUUUGGUCGUUAUGAUCGUUAUGAUGUUACUCCAUUAGGUGUGAAAGCUCAAGUAGAAGCAAUCUAUGAACCCCCACAGUAUGAUGAACAAGAUGGGUUAACUAUGGAGCCUGAAGUGGUUAAAGAAGAUAUGCUACAUGUUAAUGAGUUGGCUAAGCAAAUGAAUCUAGAAUGUAUUGGUCUUAUCUUCACAGAUUUAACCGAUGCUGCUAACGGAGAUGGUUCUGUAUUUUGCAAGAGACAUAAGGAUUCAUUUUUUUUAUCAUCAUUAGAAGUCAUAAUGGCAGCAAAACACCAAUUAAGUCAUAAGAAUUAUUGUAAACAUUCUCAACAAGGAUAUUUUUCAUCAAGGUUUGUGACAUGUGUUGUCUCUGGUAAUCUAAAAGGAGAAAUUGAUAUCGCUAGUUAUCAAGUUUCAACAGAUGCAGAAGCAUUAGUUGAAGCAGAGAUGAUUAGUGGUUCAACACAUCCAUCAAUGGCAUAUAUUAAUGAAACUACAAUAGAACGUUAUGUUCCAGAAAUAUUUUACAUGAAAAAAAAUGAAUAUAAUCUGACCAUUAAAGAAAAUGCAAAGCCUGCGUUUCCUGUAGAAUAUUUACUAUUAUCAUUAACGCAUGGCUUUCCAACUGAACAAACCGGAACACCUAACUCAACUCCAGGGUUUAGCACAUAUCAUGGCUUCCCAUGGCCAAAUAGACAAGCUAUGGGUAUAUCGCAAGAUUAUCUGGAAUUGAAGAAAUAUAUCUAUCCAGCAGCAACAUCUGGUGACUAUAGGGUGCUACAUGAUAAAUUAUCUAAUUUCCAUUUCUUAUUGUAUGUUCAUUCUAUUCAAGUAUUAUCUUCGGAAGAAUAUUCAUUAUUAAUUAAAGCAGCCAUGGAACGUAAUCCAGAACUUUGGGAAGAGCCAUUGCUACAAUUACUUUCUACCAACGGAUGGCAAACUCUAAUUAUGAUUCUACAAGAGAGUAUGUAA